AAGCUAGGCCCGUCGAAAAAAAGGCAAGAGUGAGUGAAUGAGAGGGAGCAAAAUUCGAACUCGAAGAUGGACUACAGUCUUGCAGCUCUGAAGGUGCUAUGCAGCCAACUGAAGGACGCUCGAGAAACUCCGUCGCAAAACGCCGUCACAUUGGGCGGAAUUCUCUUUCAACGAGCCUGGCUGCAGGGCAUCAUAGUUUCGCCUCUAGACGAUGACGGUAACUUGCUUCUCGAUGACGGUACUGGCGUCGUCCGGCUUUGCCUCUCCGCCGACUUUCAUCAAAAACAAUGGAACACAGGGAUGUAUGUGAUGGUGGUAGGAGCGUAUGUUAUACGCACUGGUGAGACCCCAAUGAUUAAGGUUCACAAGAUUGUAGACCUUUCUGCAUUUCCAGAUCGAGAAGCAAUGUGGUAUCUUGAAGUUAUGGAGGCAUACAAGCUGUUCUAUCAGCCCCUUAUUGAAGACUUUAUAUGACUUCUUCGUUUACUCGUGUACUUCUGUCUACAAACUCUAAUUUAUUCUCAUUUCGAAUUUUGAUAGUUUUGAAUUAAUAGACUCAAUACAAAUCCAAAAUUCUGGUUCCUAUAUUCAGGAAUAUAAAAAAAUUACAAUUACUAUUGUAAAUUUUCUUUCA